CUGAGGGAAGGCAGGAACAUACAAGGAAACUGAGGGCUUCUCCCCACCCCCUUCCCGGCCGGGCCUCGGGGCAUGAGCAGCGAUGGCCGGCUGCAGCCCUGAGGAGAAAACUUACCGGCGCUUCCUGGAGCUAUUCCUGGGCGAGUUUCGCGGACCUUGCGGCGGCGGCGAGCCGGAGCCGGAGCCGGAGCCCGAACCCGAGUCGGAGCCCGAGCCUGAGCCCGAACUGGUGGCGGCAGAGGCGGCCGAGCCUUCGGGCGAGGAGCCCGGGGAGGACGCGGCCGCCGUAGCCGCGACGGAGGAGGGGGCGCAGGAGCAGGAGCAAGACCCCGAGCCCGAGGAGGAGGCGGUGGAGGAAGAGGCGGCGGCGGCGGAGGGCGAGGAGCAGGACGAGCGGGAGGCGCCCGCCGCCCCGGGGCAGCCGGCCGUGCCGCCGCAGCCGCCGCAGCCCCCGCUGCCGCCGCUGCCCCCGCUCCCGCGGCCGCUGUCGGAGCGCAUCACCCGCGAGGAGGUGGAGGGCGAGAGCCUGGACCUGUGCCUGCAGCAGCUCUACAAAUAUAAUUGCCCUUCCUUUUUGGCUGCUGCUUUAGCCAGAGCCACAUCAGAUGAAGUCCUUCAGAGUGAUCUAUCUGCACAUUAUAUCCCAAAGGAAACGGAUGGCACAGAAGGGACAGUGGAGAUUGAGACAGUGAAAUUGGCCCGUUCUGUCUUCAGCAAACUACAUGAGAUUUGCUGCAGCUGGGUGAAAGACUUCCCUCUCCGCAGGAGACCCCAGCUUUAUUAUGAGACAUCAAUCCAUGCCAUCAAAAACAUGCGCAGGAAAAUGGAGGACAAACAUGUCUGCAUUCCUGACUUUAAUAUGCUCUUCAACCUAGAGGAUCAGGAAGAACAAGCUUAUUUUGCAGUGUUUGAUGGCCAUGGGGGAGUGGACGCUGCCAUUUAUGCCUCCAUUCACCUGCACGUUAAUUUAGUACGCCAGGAGAUGUUCCCCCAUGAUCCUGCCGAGGCCCUGUGCCGUGCUUUCCGGGUCACUGAUGAGCGGUUUGUGCAGAAAGCUGCCAGGGAGAGCUUAAGAUGUGGGACCACGGGAGUGGUGACUUUUAUCAGAGGCAACAUGUUACAUGUGGCCUGGGUAGGUGAUUCCCAGGUUAUGCUUGUGAGAAAAGGCCAAGCUGUUGAACUAAUGAAGCCACACAAACCAGACAGAGAGGAUGAAAAACAGCGAAUUGAGGCCCUUGGAGGUUGUGUAGUCUGGUUUGGUGCCUGGCGGGUGAAUGGAAGUCUGUCGGUCUCCAGAGCUAUUGGAGAUGCUGAACAUAAGCCAUAUAUCUGUGGGGAUGCAGAUUCUGCCUCUACUGUUUUGGAUGGAACUGAAGACUACCUCAUUCUGGCCUGUGAUGGUUUCUACGACACCGUGAACCCUGAUGAGGCAGUAAAAGUUGUAUCAGACCACUUGAAGGAAAAUAAUGGAGACAGCAGCAUGGUUGCCCACAAAUUAGUGGCAUCAGCUCGUGAUGCUGGGUCAAGUGAUAACAUCACUGUUAUUGUGGUUUUCCUGAGGGACAUGAACAAAGCUGUAAAUGUUAGUGAGGAAUCAGAUUGGACAGAGAACUCUUUUCAAGGAGGGCAAGAAGAUGGUGGGGAUGAUAAGGAGAAUCAUGGAGAGUGCAAACGCCCUUGGCCUCAGCACCAGUGCUCAGCACCAGCCGAUCUAGGCUAUGAUGGGCGUGUGGAUUCAUUCACUGAUAGAACUAGCCUGAGCCCAGGGUCCCAAAUCAACGUGCUGGAAGACCCAGGCUACCUAGAUCUCACACAAAUAGAAGCAAGCAAAGUUGACAGUGGCCAGUUUUUGCCACCAGUUGAGAUGUUUGGUCCUGUUGCACCAAAGAAAGCAAAUCUUAUUAAUAAGCUAAUGAUGGAAAAAAAUUCAGUUCAAUCAUCAUUGCCUGAAUGGAGUGGUACUGGAGAGUUCCCCUCUUGUAAUUUGGGUUCAACAGGGCAGCAGAUAUACAGAAUGGAGAGCUUAUCUCCUGUCUGUUCUAGGUUGGAAAAUCAACAGUUCAUAUUCCUGGGAAAGAGAGUUUCUAGAUUGUUUCAUUUACGCUACCACUACUCAAAGAGGCGGUUCAGGUUUAAUCCAAAGUUUUAUUCAUUUCUCUCUGCUCGAGAACCUUCCCACAAAAUGGGCAAUAGCCUGUCCUCACUUAUUCGAAGUGGGAAGAAAAGUAGGGUGUUACGAGGUUCUCUGCCAUGGACACAAUAUAGUUGGAAAGUGUACAGUCAAAACAUGAUGAGGAAUUUCAGAAAGAGUAAUGAUAUUUCAUACCCAGAUCUUCCCUGGAGCUAUAAAAUAUAAUAUUUUCUCUUAAAAGUAGGCUAGCUAGGUCUCCCCAAUAAAAACCACUAUCAGAGUAGAAUCAAGGUAGACAUUUUUGAAAUAUAUGUGCUUCAUUAUGAAACCAUGGAUGGCUCAAUUCUUAAAUGUAAAUAGAUCUCUAGGAAACUCAAAAUACAGUGUUUUCAAUCUAAAAAAAAAGUAUUGGCAGUUUCACUAGCAAAAUUAUACAACUGGUCCCUGUGAUGUGUCUCUACACCUACAUACAAUUCCCACCCUACUACCCUUUCACAUCACUAGUGGAAGCUUGUGAGUUAUUUCAGUUAGGACAUAUAGUGUUGAAAUCUCAACGCAGUUGAAAUCUGGUCUGAUGUGCCUAAUAUAUCUAAGGAAAACUUAAUGAAGAAUUAGUUUUAGCUGAGGAAUGGUCCUCAGAAGAUGGGACUAUGAAGGAAAUCCCUACCCCGCCCCCACCUUUUUCAGUAUGUAGACUAAAAGCCAUAUGGGUUUUCAUUGGUAACAAUUAAAGCUGAAAACUAAUAUAAAAAUGUCAUAUUCACAAACUUUGUGAGGUGGUACAGUCAAAAAGAUUUACUGAUUUUUUUUUCUGUAACAUAAAAGAAUAACUGAAAAUUUUUUCAAUUAAAAAAAUAUUUCCUAGGGCUGUAGCUAUUUGAGAGUUUCAUAACUGUUAUGGUGCUUUUGGUGGAAUUUUUAUUAUGUCAUUUUAGAAGAUUGCUGUCAACUGGUUUUAAUCUCUAUUGCUAAUGUUUCUCACUGUACCUUCAUCUCAGGAAUAAAACUGGUUUAAUGGAGAUGAUGUCAGGUACAUAUGUACUAGAAUCAAGUUGUCACUUAAAAAGAAGAAUAGUAUUUCUAUUUUCUUUGCCUUUAAAAAAAAAGUUCAGACAGCAAAGGCAUAUAGUACUAUAAAAUAAAAAGUGGAUUUGGAGAAUGAAAAAUACUAGUUUUAACUUCUCAAAUUGUUUCCCCUAAGGGAAUGAAGGAAUUGGUAUGAAAGAGACUGAAAGCACUGCCUAAAGUGAGCCCAGAAGCCAAGUGCAAAGGAGAAUGCAGAUUACUGAGACUGAGGUCUGACUAGUUUUAAAUGGAGAAUGCACCAGAGUCCUGCUAUAUGCAACCUCAGACUGCAGAGCUAGGACAUGUGUCUCGCAUUUCAAAUUUUAAAAUUGUCUGCUUUUUGCCAUUUCUGCAGUUUGAAGCCAGAAGCAUAUCUUCAAAUGAAGAAAGCAAAUAAAUAAUCAGAUUCAUUCAGUGAAGCAGCCUGAUUCCCUAAAAAUCAUGAAUAUAUCCAUUUUGACAUGUUACCCUCCCGCUCCCUGCCCCAACAGUCAACCAGGAACCAGCCAUGCUGACAGGAGCUGCCUGCUGUGGUGAUCAUUUAAUAUGUCAUUAGUAAGCACUACAUGCUUUUGCUGAGAAAUGUCCACUGUCUAAUUUGUGUGUUUAUAUAAUUACUUUAUGUUCCCAGACCCUAUCUACAUAGUGGAUAGGACUAAAAUUCUGGAUUUUAAAAACAGAGGAUUUUAACCUAUCUUGGUUGCCAGUAUAGCUAUAUAUAUAAAAACAGCUUUGCUUUAGCAAUGACCAGAUUAUUAACCUACAGAUUUUAUUUUUAAAAUUCUGGAUGAAAGCAGAUUUUCCGAAAUUUUCUUCUCUUGAUUUGAAGUCAUUUUCUUCUUUUCUCAAGUCUUGUGACACGUGGUUGAUGAGGGAGUAAAACAUGGCUUCAACUAUAGUAUCAGAAUCUUUUCACCAUCCUGAUGCUUUACCAACAUAUACAGACCUCGCUCAUAUCUGUUAUUUUCUGAAGCCUAGAUCUUGUUAACAACCCAUCAGGUGCAGUGUCAGUUUCAAAUCAAAUUAUCUAAGGAAACAAGAAAACAGAGGCAGCAAAAUUACAGCAGACUAUAAUUGUAUAUUAUAGUCUAAAACACUUAGCUAAAUUAAAAAAAAUUUUCCUUUAGUUGUCUGUUGGUAGUGUUUUUGAUCAGAAGAAAGAAGGUGAAAGAAGGUACAGCAAUAGGUUUUUUCAGUGGGGAAAAAUGACUGGAUGGAACUGGGAUGAAACACAGACCACAACUUUAAAGGUCUAGAUUUUGUAGGUCUGACUACAUAAGCAGUAUUAACUCCAUUUCUCAUACCAGUAGAAAGUUCUACACUCAAUCCUCUAGAAAAUAAAGUAGUUCUAGUGUGGUCAAGUUAUAAACCAAUAUUGUAAAAAAUAGCAACUAUUCAUUUGUUCACAACAUGCACAUUUAUAGAGUAGUUAGGUACCAUUUGUAAGGUAAGUCCUUUAAAAUCUAUAAUACAUAUUCAAGUAGUGGUUAUUGGUCUGAUAUAUGCUGCUCUUGGUUCUAUACACUAGAUAAAAAGCAGUGCUUUGUGAAAUAAAGUGUUAUAUCUUAAUGCCACUGGUGAUAGAAAGUAGUUCCCUUCAGUUCAAAUCCUGUGCCCUUAUUUGCUGCUUGCUGAUGUAAGCAAUAAAUACCCCUCUAACUAAUGGUAUCUACACAUUUCUGUAACUUGUAUUUAAUGAUGGUGUAUCUGGUGAUUAUAAAAAUAUUAGGCAGAUAUAAAAGUAUAUAAUAUAUAAACUGUUAAUGCUGAGGUAUAGUCUGUGAAUUACGUGUUUUGUACUUAAAUAUUCAUUGUGUAAUUUAGUGGUGGUGAAAGUUCUACACUCAAUCCUUAAGAGUGGCAAUAUCCCUUUUCAACUUAACAUGAUAUGCAUCAAUUUGUUUGCUUGCUAACCAAGUUUUGUUUCUGUUAGACUAGGAAGUAGUAAAAAUAUAAAUAAGAAAGUAUAGUGUUGGUUAGGGAAACAGACUUCAAGUCAUCAGCUGAAGUCAUUAUAAACUCCUUGUACAUUCACUGUGAGUUUCAAAGGGAGUCCCUCAUUUAAAGGUUUCCUUUGUUCACUUUCUGGAUGUGUACUUUUGAGGGGUAUCUGAGGUUAAGCAACAUCACAGCACCAAACACUGGGGCUAUUAAUCUCAUUUAGGUCUGUAAUAAAGAGAAUGGUGGAAACAUAUAUGUAUAUACCUUUUCUUUACCUAGAAGUGCCAUCCAUUGUCCUUGAAUUAAUAAGAUUAAAGUUACUGUUGCAUUAAUUUAACUAGGAGGAUCCUUGAAAGCAACACCUUUUCUAAGGACAAUGUCAACAAUGUCAAUGUCAACACUGAGUCUGAUUCUGACCACAUUUAUAGUGGUAUAGUGUCGAUACUGCAUCUUCAUGACAACCACACUCCAUUGUUAGAACACUGUGCCAGUAAAAAAGUGCAAUAUCCAAUGGGCAGAUAAAAUGAUGCAUAAAGAAGUUCAGUGUUUACAGAUAAAACUGCUGUGAUUCAAGUUCUUCCUUCCCCACCUAAGGCUUCCCGAGGCUUUGUGAGAAAGUGAUCUUAAUGAUUUUAAUGUUUGAACAUAAUUUGUUUACUCAACAAGCAUUCUCACCUAAGCAAGACUAUAAAAGGGGAUUGUAUUGUUUUGGUUAUACCAUAUUUUGGGAUAAUUUUUCUUUGGAUGGUAAAUUAACAAAAGAGAGAACAUACUUUUUCACCUUUUAAAAAUCAAGUGAUGUUAAAAGCAAAUACCCACUCUGCUGUCCUGACCUGUGACUAUCUUAAAUGUUUUUUGCAAAAUAACAUACCAUGAGUAUUAUAACAUGACUAUUUUCCAGACAAAUGGCACUGUGUUGAAAAAUAAUUGUUAUUUCCUCUAGCAGCAUUGUAUCUUCUAUUUUGAAGACUAUUUAUUGUACUUAUUAGAAAAUACGAAAUUAGAUAGGGUAUUCCAGACUGACACAGCAGUUGUUCUGGAAAAGGAAAUACUCUAAUAAACUUUGAUGUAUUAGAUAAUCCGCAGAUACAUCAUCGUACUCUAGGUGCUCUUUGGUGAGAGACAGGCUUUGUUCUCUUGUUAUGACAUUUCCCUGCAAGAAUUCUCUCUGAAAUGAAGCAAAUGAAGUGAAUCAUUUCUUACCAAGUAAAUUUAUCAAUUUACAAACCUGCUCUACAGCUCACUUUUGAGUUCAGUUGUAAUCAUGAGUGAUCCUUCAUAUUUAUUAAAACUGUUCAUUCAGGUAAAAAGUAUGUUGAAAUUUUGCCAAUAUCUUAAUAAAACCCAGCAAUUAAA